AUGGAUUCAGAAUUCAGUGCGAAUACACUGAAAGUGUUUUUUAAUUUCAUCGAAGACGACGAUGACGAAAACAAUUACAGUGCAUACACUUUCGUAUCAACUGCAAUGUUGAUGGUUAUUAAUAUGUUUGCAAACGAUUUAAAAGUGCCCGUCGACUAUUUGAAUAAAAUCUCUGUUUCACGAAAUACAAGUAUCGACAUUUUUAUCAAUCUUGAUGAGAAUGAUGGCAUUUAUAAUUCAUCAUUUGUGGAAAAUAUUUGGCCACAUUAUCAAAAUCGAUAUUGCUUGAUUUAUGCCAACACAAAAAUAAUGUCGCCGAGUACCAUCUUAAACUUUUCCAGCACAUUGAUUAUAAUGAACUCGAUUAUUCUUCUGAUUAAUAUGAUAUUUUUUUAUCUCGUCUUUCGCCAUAGAAUGCGACAUUCAAUCGAUGAAGCCUUCGCCCAGUCUUUCACCUUUACCGUUCAAUCGCAACUAAUGCUUGCGAUUCCAAUGUUUUCGACAACGAUUCAUGAGAAAUGGUUUUUGGCAUUCAAAUUCAUUCAAAACUUUCUAAUGGGUACGAUUUUAUUAAGUGUAUUUACGACACAAAUUAUUUCACCGCCAAUUAGUCUCGUGAGCGAUGCCGAAAUUAGUCGGUUUAAGAGCUACACACCAGGGCCCAUAACUUUCGGAAUCGGAGAACCUUGCCUAUAUGAACUGAAACAAGGGUUAUACUUACGCAGAGGUUGCUUUCUAUCAUGUGACGUGGCAAACAAAACCGUGGAAAGACACGAUGGUGUUGUCUUUCUCAAGGAAGAUAUUAAUUUUCAGCAAGUGUUUAAAGUGUCAAAAGGAUCGAUGCAUUAUGAUACCAUCAAAAUGUUGGUACGACAUUACUUUGAGGCUGGCAUUCUGGAUCGAAUUUUCAAUCAAAUUCAUGGAACAAGCUAUAAAUUUCUCGAGGAAACCGGGUAUGGAAAUCAAAUUGAACUUAAAGACUUGUACGAUGCUUCCAGUCAUAUGAUAUUUGUGGGCUAUUGUGUCAGCAUUAUUACGUUCAUUUGUGAGAUUAUUUAUUUUCGCUGGCAAUGCGCACGGAACCACAACCGUAAAACGAUUAAACGAGUUCGAUUUCUACAUUGAAAGACAGUAAUGUCAGAUUCUCAGAAA